AAGUACUAGCCCCCAGGCUCUCUCCUCACGCGUAAACCAAGAUGGCGUCCUUAAAUAGCUUUGUUCUCAGGGAACUUGUAUUGAGUAAUUUUGCUGGAAAUUUUCGUCCGAUUUCCUUUUUCCUGCUGCUAUCUAUAUACUAUUAGAAGUAAUUGCGGAAUUCCCAAAGCUAAAAGCGACAUGAACGAGAAGAAAAAGAGAAAACGAAGACAUGAGAGUGAGUCUGAUGGCACGAGUUCUGAAGGUGAACCAAAGUCUCGAAAAAUUGCUGGAAAAAGCUCAAAAACACAGCUAGAUGAGAAAAAGAGGGAUGAAAAGAAAUCAAAGCAUGAACAACCUAAUACGAGUGAAAGUAGAUCGACAAGUGGAAAUGACUGCUCUGAUAGCAGUGGGCACAAAAAGAAGAGAAAGAAAAGGAAAGAUGCAGAUCGAAAGAACAAACAAAGAAGAAAGAAAGAGAAAAGAAAAAAGAGACGCGAAAGGAAAGAGAAGAUGAGAAAAAUGAGAAAGGGAUCAGACGAGGAAAAGGCUGAUGUCAAAAGAGCCGAAAAAGAUACAACCUCGAAAAACACUGAUGGAACACAAGGUGAUAAAUCAAUAAGUCCACCAUCAAAUGACCCUGGAGCAGUGGCAGCACCAAAGAAGAGACCCAUGGUCCCUAUGACAAAAGAGGAGUUUGAAAAACAACAAGCCCAAGUUAGAAGGGUUUAUGACCCAGAAACAGGUCGUCACAGGCUAAUCAAAGGGACAGGUGAGGUUUUAGAAGAGAUUGUCAGCAGAGAGAGACAUAAAGCAAUAAACAAGACUGCGACUCAAGGGGAUGGUGCAUUUUUCCAAGCAAAUCUUGGACUAGGGGACAAAUGAAUGUUAAAAGGUCACCUGUAAUACAACAUGUAGACAAAAAAAUACUUAUGGUGUCAAGCUCGACAUUUCAAUCAGUCUCAUCAAAACAACAAAUUUCUUUCUCUUUGAAAGAAAGAACCAAACACUUCUUGAAAACUGGAGAAGUUGAUUGGGAUAAAGAAAUUUAGAAGCAUUGCAUUUUUGUAUAGCAGAUGCCAGAGGAUCUUGGCCAGAUUGAAAAUAAAAGCCCUUGAAAGUUUGACAAUGAAAGAAACUCACUCAGACUCUCAAUGAUCAACAGUUUUGUUGUGAAGUAUUUCAUAAAAAAAAAAAAAGUUAUCACAAGUCUGUACAAUUUUUUUGCCUGUCUAGCCUUGUCUUCUGUACAAAAACAACUCGCAUAUUUUACACAUUAGUCUACCAGUGCUUUGUGCAAAUUUAAAAUAAAUUACUGAAUAAAAAAUCUAAAACUGCAAGAUGGACUUCAUUAUGUCAAAUCUACUUUUUUUAAUAUCAUUAAAAAAAAAUCAGACUCUCUUUCACCAUCAUGUCAAUGGUCCCAGGCCAUUCUGGAGAAGAACAUCAACC